GGGAAGUCGAUCGACUGGCAAACUAGCUACUGUUCUCAGUUACUUGUUUCCAAGUUUAGUUUUCUUACCUUUUCUUUUUUUCCCCUCCCUUUCUUCACUAGUGAAAUUUUCUUCUCUUUUUCUUUCCCCACCCCCCCAGUCUGUUUUGCCGCCUUCCUUUUUAGGCAACCAGAGGCUGUUAUUGCAGAAAAUAACAAAGGAAAAUGCUUCUCUCUGUUGUAACUUGUUCUGUCAGUCUCCCGUAAGCUGCUGUUCUCACGUUUACCUCACUGGGUUGGGUUUCUGAAGACAAUUGUUUCAUGCUACCACGUAGAAAGCACUUAAAGGAAAUGUAGCUUAAGAAAGCGAGAUAGCUAUGUUUUAAGUUAAAUAUUAACCAGAUUCAAACGAACUCAAGAGCAUUUCAAGGUGAGGUUAACUUGUUGGGCUGGUGAACAAGAAAGAACUCGAGCAGUGAAGAAUAGGCAUGGGAAUACUCUAUUCAGAGCCCAUUUGCCAGGCAGCAUAUAAUUUCAAUGAAGUUCAGCUCCUUUUGGAUAAAAACAGCAAUUAUGUGAAUAUCCAGGACAGCUUCGGUGGAGAUACCCCUUUAAUUUGUGCAUGCAAACAGGGAAACAACAGAAUAGUUAGCUAUCUUCUAAAACGAAAUGCUGAUGUCAACCUCAGAAACAAGAAGGACCGCACUUGUCUGCAUUAUGCUGUGAGAAAACGGUUUACCUUCCUUGACUAUGUGCUCAUCAUAAUCCUCAUGCCAGUUUCUAUUGGAUAUCUUCUCAUGAUCUCAAAAACUAAGCAGAAUGAAAACCUGAUCAAGAUGUUGCUUAGGGCUGGAGCUGAUGUUAAUGCUACAGACUUUUCCGGUAGCACAGCCCUUCACUAUGCCUGUGAAAUGAAAAACCAGGCAGUCAUUCCUCUGCUGCUUGAAGCUAAUGCAGAUGCUUCUGUAAAGAAUCAGGUAAGACAGUGGAGAUGGGGGACUCCUUUAGAUAUUGCAAGAAGAUUACAGUUCAGCAACAUUGAAAGCAUGCUAAGGAAAACUUCCUAGUGCUGGAUGGGAUGCUAUCAAGGACUCUUGAACGUGCAGAAAAUUACCCCAUCUGACAAUCCACCUCUCACAACUGCAGGAGUCCUGCAGAGGACUGCGGUCUGGUACUUGAUAGAGUUUCGGUCCAAAUCGACCUGUUCUUGCAGCAGACUUUGACUGUUUUUUAUGAGACUUGUCAGUACCCUCAAGGCUGUGUGGGUUGGAAGGAGUUCAUUUGCUUCUACUAAGCUGUGAAUGAUUACAAUAGUGGUCAAAAUAUUGCCCUUCCCUUCUGCUCCCCCAGUUUUACUGCUUGACUUGCACAGACAAGCAAGUCAAUGGUAAGACUUCUGUAAACCUAAACAUUGCACAUGAUGAUUGGCAGCUGAUGGAGUAAUAAAAUAUCCUUUAGUGUGUGUUA